AUGGCUCGGAACUUGAGUGAUGGAACAAGAGAUCCCUUGAGACGGAAGGUUGAGAGCUCCUGGAAAUUCGUCUGCAUCUUGUGGAGGGCGACGCUGGCCACGACAACUGUGGCCAAAACUCUCAUGGGGUUGUUGCUCGAAAACUCCUUUUCAAUAAAAACCGAUUUCAAGAACUCCUCGGUAACUUGUCCGUUGUGUCAGACCGAUGACACCGCGGACCUCAAGGCCAGAUCAAAGGUGUGGCCGACAAGAGCGAAGCUGGAAGUCCACAUGAAGACGGAAUACACCGGCGAAGCUGUUUGGAAAAGGAAGUGGGGACAAAAGCAGAACGGAGUGUUUGUUGACAAUGGGAGAAUCCUGCCUGCGGGCUUCCAGCUGAAUGGUUAUGACGAGGGCCAUGAGGCUCUCAUCAUCGGUCGCAACUUUUGCCACGAAUUGAUGCCCAUAAACGCACUUGGACAGUGGCCACGACCAGAGCGACCUCAGGGCAACGACAACCAACACCGCGCCAGGCAGCACCAAUUACGCCAUCACCAUGAACAGCCCGUUACACCACCAACACCGCAAUGGGCUGUCGACCCUAUCAACGAUUUCGACCUAUCAAAGUGUACCAUCACAAUCGAUAGUUUCGCUACCAAUAUGGCAAUGGGCUUCAGUAGUACCGACUAUUGA